AUGCCCUGGGGCAUUUUUAAAAAAGCUAAGUAAAGUUAUUAAAUCAAGGAAUUGCAGGAGUUGAAAAUUAAUUAUAGAAUUGAAGAAGCAUUAAGCGAAAUUAAUAAUGCUUUGAAUCUCAAUCCUGAAUUUUUAUACGCCUAUACUUUAAGAAGUUCAUAUUUUUGGUUAAAAAUUUAGGUGAAUUAUAUGAGAAAUUAAAAUUAUAUGAUAAGGCAUUGGAAGAUGCAAAUUAUAGCUUAUCUCUAAAUAAUAAUAAUGCUGAAGGUUUCUAUCAGAGAGGUAAAUUUCAAAUCCUAAAAUUUAAGCAACAAUUUAUUGGAGAAAAAAGUUAUAUGAACAAGCUUUAUAGGAUUGUCGAAAAUGUCUAUAAAUAAAUUCAAAUUUUGCAAUGGCCUUUUGUCGAAUGGGUAGGGAAAAACAAGAAUUUUAGGCACUAUUAUGGGUGAUUUGAAAUAUAAGGAUGAAGAACUCUAUUUUUACAAUUAAGCAUUAGAAAAAGAUUGUAAUUGUUAUUAUGCAGCUAUGUGUAGAGGUAAGUUAAACUAGUAAAAUAAGGUUUGUAUUUUAUACAGGAACAACAAAUUGAUUAUGCAUUUAGAGAUUUCAAAUAUGCAAUUGAAAUUAAUCCAAAAUAUAGUUUGAUCUAUUUUAAUAGAGGUUUUAAUACUACCCUCAACAUAUUAGGUGUUUUAUAUAAUGCUAUUGGAGAGAUAUCCAACGCAUUAACCGAUUAUAAUCAAGCAAUAAAACUUGAUCCUAACGAUGCUGUUGUCUUUUUUUAUAGAGGUGAAUAAUAUUAAUACAUUAGGCAAUUUACACUUUGAUAUUGGUGAGAAAGACAAAGCACUCAUUGAUUAUAAUCAAGCAAUCCAACUUGAUUCAACAAAUACAAAAGCUUUCUAUAAUAGAGGUAAAGAUGAAUACGUUUAAUAUAUUAGGCAUUUUAUAUAGUGAGAUAGGUGAGAAAGACAAAGCAUUAAAUGAUUUUAACCAAGCAAUAUCACUUGAUCCAAGCCAUGCACAAGUUUACAAUAAUAGAGGUGAUAACUAUGCACUUAAGAUAUUAGGUGUUUUAUAUAAUGAGAUUGGUUAGAAAGAAAAAGCAUUAAUUGAUUAUAAUUUAGCAAUACAAUUUGAUCCAAAAUAUUCAAAUGCGUACUAUAAUAGAGGUGAAUAGCUAUUAUACUGAAAUUAUUAGGGGUUUUAUUUAAAUAGAUUGAUGAGAAAGAAAAAGCAUUAAUUGAUUUAAAUUAGGCAACCUAACUUGAUCCAAAUGAUGCAGAAGUUUACAAAAUUAGAGGUAAUAUCUUUGUGCAUCAUAUAUUAGGUGUUUUAUAUUAUGAGAAGGGUGAGAAAGGCAAAGCAUUUAAUGACUAUAAUCAAGCAAUCUAACUUGAUCCAAAAUCAGCAGAAACCUACUAUAACAGAGGUAUUACUUUUCUGCUUCACAUACUAGGCAAUCUAUAUAAUGAGAUUGGUGAAAAAGACAAGGCAUUAGUUGAUUAUAAUCAAGCAAUCUAAAUUGAUCCAAAAGAUGCAAAAACCUAUAAUAAUAGAGGUGAAUACUGUUAUACUUAAUAGAUUAGGCAAUUUAUAUUGUGAUAUUGGUGAGAAAGGCAAAGCAUUAAUUGAUUAUAAUUAAGCAAUCCAACUUGAUCCAAAAUCUGCAGAAACUUUAUUUAAUAGAGGUAAAUACUAGUCCACUUAACCUCCUAGGCAAUCUAUAUAAAGAGAUUGGUGAGAAAGACAAAGCACUAGUUGAUUAUAAUCAAGCAAUCUAAAUUGAUCCAAAAGAUGCAAAAACCUACCAUAAUAGAGGUGAAGAAUAUUUCUUUAAUAAUAGGCAAUUUAUACUAUGAUAUUGGUGAGAAAGAAAAAGCAUUAGUUGAUUAUAAUAAAGCAAUCCAACUUGAUCCAAAAAAUGCGGUAGCCUAUAAUAAUAGAGGUUAAUCCUAUUACACUAAAUAUAUUAGGCCUUCUCUAUAAAAAAAUUGGGGAGAAAGAAAAAGCAUUACUUGAUUAUAACUCAGCAAUCCAACUUGAUCCAAAUGAUGCAGAAAUCUACAAUAAUAGAGGUAAGUACUAUUUUUUUUCACUAAAUAUUUAGGCUCUUUAUACUAUGAUAUUGGCGAGAAAGAAAAAGCAUUAAUUGAUUAUAAUCAAGCAAUUCAAAUUGAUCCAAAAUAUGUUAUUGCCUACAAAAACAGAGGUGAAUAAUUUUGCACUUAAAAUAUAGCCAUAUUAUUUUACAACAUUGGUGAGAAGGAAAAAGCUUCAAUUGAUUAUAAAUCAGUAAUCAGACUAGAUCCAAAUUAUGGAAUUUCUCUAAACAUGAUUAUUGAAUUUCUAUGA